GAGACUGUUGUUGGCUCAUGUUUCUUUCAGUCUGGUUGUUAGUCCUUCAUUUUGGUUUUAUGUUGGAUGUUGUUUAAAAUAUGAUGGAUCCUAGUGACUAUAAAUAUGCAACCAACAGUCAAGUUUUGUUAUUGUGAACCAUUUUGGAUUAUUUUAUUAUUUUUAAUUAUCCAUCAUUUCGGUGUUUACAUUUGUGCUCAAAAAACAUCAGUGGUUCUUCUUGACACUACAAGGGAAAGCUCAUUAGACUGGACUAGAUAUCCUUAUGGACCUCAAUCAAAAACACCUGGAUGGGUUGAAGAAAGUUUCACCAAUUUUGAAAGAGGUAUCAACUGGAGAUCUUAUGUAGUCUGUGAUGUAGCUUAUAAAAAUGUAAAUAAUUGGCUUUGGACGCCAUUCAUUGAAAGACAUGAUGCCAAUAGGAUUUACAUUGAGAUUAAAUUCUCAAUGAGAGACUGUAAUCUAUUCCCAGGAAUGGCAUUAUCGUGUAAAGAGACUUUUUCCCUCCUUUAUCAUGAAUUUGAUUCAGCAAAGGAACAAGAUCCACCGCCAUGGGAACCUGAAUCGUACAAAUUAAUCGACAGAAUAGCUGCCGAUGAAGGACGAUUUACAUCAAAUAGUGAGACCAUCAUAAAUACUGAGGUACGAAGUAUACCCGUCAGUAAAAAAGGAGUUUACUUUGCCUUCCGUGAUCAAGGAGCUUGCCUUUCACUAAUGGCGAUUAAAAUUUUUUACGUUGCCUGUCCCAAUAUAACAACCAACUUUGCUCACUUUUCAUCAACCCCAACGGGCAAAGAGUUAACUGCCAUUGUACCCGCCGAGGGAACUUGUGUUCCAAAUGCCGUUGAAAUUGAAAAGCCAAGAUUACUCUGUAAAGGUGAUGGUAACUGGACCCUUCCCUCAGGAGGCUGUGAAUGCAUGCCAGGCUAUGAACCUUUGGGACAAUCUUGUCAAGUUUGUCCACCAGGGACUUUCAAACCUUCUCCCGGUAGUGAAUUAUGUGGACCAUGUCCAACUCACAGUACUGCCCUUUAUCGUGGAUCAACUGAAUGUCGCUGUGAUCGUGGUUACUAUCGAGCAUCUAAAGAUCCUAAAUGGUUUCCCUGUACACAACCUCCAUCAGCGCCUCAAAAUUUAACAAUUAAAGAUGUUGACCAAUCUAGUGUGCUUCUUACCUGGUCACCACCAAAAUAUUUGGGUGGACGUAAUGAUACUCUUUACCGAGUUGAAUGUGAACAGUGUCCAUCAACAACAACCUAUCUGCCUUCAUCGGAAUCAAUCAAUGAAACUAAAGUAACAAUCCAAGGCCUUAAUCCAUCAUCAACUUACCGUUUCAUCGUUUAUUCCGAGAACGGUGUUUCAGGCUCUGAAUUGAGCCAAUUUAUCGAUAUAACCGUAACUACAGAGCCAUCAGGUUAUAUAUCGUUGGUUAUCACUGAAGAUGACAAUGGACACAAGUUUAAUACUAAUCCAAUCCCAGGUAUAACCAAUAUUAGAAUUGUUAAUGUUAAAAGCUCUGAAAUUAAAUUAUCCUGGAAUCCAUUGGGCGAUGGUUUAAUGGAUGAUCUUGAACGUUAUGAGGUUAAAUAUUACCCCAAGGGGGCUGAAAGAAACAUAUCAACUGCUUUUACCACCAAAGAAGAGAUUGUCUUGAAAAAUCUUCAAGACAAAACUGAUUAUGCAUUUCAGAUUCGAGGUAAACUCAUCUCAGGAUGGACUGAAUUUAGUAAACCAGUAUAUCAACGAACCGGUCAAUUAGUUGGAAGUACAGCUUACAUUGGUGAAGAUGAUUCAGUUCAAGUGCGAAUCAUUGCUGGUGUUACAAUUGCCAUUGUGGUCCUUGUUGUUGUCAUCGGUGUCAUGAUUGUUCUCUACUUAAGAAGAAACACUGACGAGUGCAACAAGAAGCAACCAAGUGACUGUGAUACUCUUGAAUAUACUCGGAAUGGCGAUGUACCUUCACUAGAGCAUCCACCAAUAGUGCCAACAGCAAGAUUUAACUCACCAUUCUCAGUGACCACACCAUUAUUUACACACUGUGGCACCUCCAGAGCCUAUGUUGAUCCUCAUACAUACGAAGAUCCUCACCAAGCAAUUAGAGAGUUUACUCGAGAGAUUGAUGCAUCACAUAUCACAAUUGAGGCCAUCAUUGGCGGAGGUGAAUUUGGUGAUGUUUGCCGAGGUAAACUGAAAAUUCCAGGUCGACCUGAAGUUACAGUUGCCAUUAAAACAUUAAAACCUGGAGCUGCUGAUAAAGCUCGAAUGGAUUUCCUUACUGAAGCAUCCAUUAUGGGACAAUUUGAUCAUCCAAAUGUAAUUUAUUUACAAGGAGUUGUAACCAAAAGUAAUCCCAUCAUGAUAAUCACUGAAUACAUGGAUAAUGGAUCUCUUGAUGCCUUUUUAAGGGCAAAUGAAGCUAAAUUUCAAAUUAUCCAAUUGGUAGCCAUGUUGAGAGGAAUUGCUGCUGGAAUGCAAUAUUUAUCAGAAAUAAAUUAUGUUCAUAGGGAUUUAGCAGCACGCAAUGUGCUUGUCAAUGCUGCUUUAGUUUGUAAAAUUGCUGAUUUUGGCCUUUCACGGGAGAUUGAAAGUGCUAAUGAAGGCGCCUACACAACAAGGGGAGGAAAAAUUCCAGUUCGUUGGACAGCACCAGAAGCCAUUGCAUUCCGUAAAUUUACCUCUUCAAGUGAUGUCUGGAGUUUUGGUAUUGUUUGCUGGGAAGUUUUAUCUUAUGGUGAAAGGCCGUAUUGGAAUUGGUCUAAUCAAGAUGUAAUUAAAGGAAUUGAAAAAGGUUAUCGACUUCCUCCGCCAAUGGAUUGUCCAGAGGCUCUUCACCAAUUAAUGUUGGAUUGUUGGCAGAAAGAUCGUUCAACUAGACCAACCUUUUCACAAAUUGUUAAAACUUUAGACAAAUUAAUGAGAUGCCCUGAAAGUUUGCAAAAAAUUGCACCAACAAGAUAUCCACCUUUGGAUCCUUUUGGUGAUCCAGUUAUUCCUGAUGUAGUCCAGUUCAAGACAAUUGAUGAAUGGUUAUCUAGUAUUAAACUGACCCGUUAUCGACCCAACUUUGAAGCUGCUGGACUAACCAAUAUAACAUCCGUCUUCCAUUUGAUGCCUCAAGAUCUCUCCUUACUAGGAAUUACAGUUGUCAGCCAUCAAAAGAAGAUAUUGACAAGUUUACAAAAUUUGCGAGCUCAGACAAGCAUUGGAACACCUGAAGGAUUCCUUGUUUAACCAGUUUUUUCAUCAUAGAUUUAAUUCACUUGCAAUUAUUGGAAAUUAUUUCAAGAAAAAAUGGAACUAAAAUGGAACCCAAUUUUGGUCCAUUUACAUGAAUUUGUUUCUUUUCUUGGUUUUAUUCAUUCUUUUCCAAUGAAUAUCGACUGAGAUAAUUUUCAAGAUCUCUUCCAGUUUUACUUUGAUAAAUUUUGGAUGCAAUUUGGAAUCAACCAAGGAAUUAGGAAAAUUAAAAUGACAAUCAACUAUCACACAAAGCAAAGGCCUUCCAAAGUUCUCAAUCAACUGUUAAACCUUUUCUAUUUAUCAAUUAACUUGGACAGUUUAAUAUCUUGAUGUUUGGCCAUUUAUAUCAAGAUAAUGGAUUAAGUUUACAACUGGACAUCAAUCCUGACUCUUCCCAAGAUUAACCUAAACUCGCUUUUUGAUGCAUACUCAGGCUCAUGAUAAUCUGUUAAUUUCAACUGGACUGUCAACUUGUUAAUUAACGGAACAAAUGCUCAACAAUUUUUGGUGCUUUUUUUGCAAAUCCUCGACUAAAGACACACUCAUAAUUGUAAAAAUCAACCCAAAAAAUGUAUCUAAUUUUCUAGGUUGAUUUAUGUCUUGAUUUAUUGCUAUUGCAAUUUGGUUUUGUUUUAAUCAAUUUCAUGCUUUUCCACAUUAAUCUAAAUUGUUUAAUCGAAAUUCCAAUGAAAAGAUUAACAAUCCAAAAGAAAUAUUAAUUGGAAAAGCAAAAGAGAUUAAAAUAAUCCCAUUCGAAUUGUGAUUUUCUGUUGGAAAAGACUAAACCAAAAUAGCAAAUCAAGCAAAAUUAACUAAUUAUGCAUUCUAAUUAAGUAUAAUGUAAUAUACAAAAUCUAUAAAUAAUUUGUAAAUGUAUUUAUAUGUCAAUUGUAACACCAAUCAGGUAACCAAUCAAUUUAAUUUGAUUGGUUACCUUUCCAUCAACUCCUCUUUUCUCUCAUUUUGUUUUCUUCUCUUGAUUGUUGUACAAACUGUAAAUACAAGUUUACAAACUUAAUUACAUGAACAAAGAAACAUCAACCUCAUAGGGAAUCGAAAGAGCAAUAUAAUUAUCAUGACAAUUUGUUUCUCCAACAAUCAAGACAAUGUAACAAGAUCACAAAAUUAUGGCGACAAUUGAACUGCUUUUGAUUCCCAUUUUUCCCUCUUCCUUUUAAUCAAUUUGACUGGUUGACAAUGUCCAAAAUUUCAAAUUAUUUUUCAUCCAACUUUUUCUGUUACAAAAUUUUGGAGCUUUGAAAAUGUCUUUUCUGGUUCUUUUUUGGAUUCUACAGAAAAUAUGUUUUCUGGUUUCAUUGUUUGGUCACAUUUGAAUCUAUUUUUUUCUUCAUUUCUUUCUAUGCACUUCUAGUAAUUGUUGUUACCAACUUAAUUUUGGAAUCAUCAGUUCAAUUGUCUGUUCAUAAUCUAUGUCAUUCUCAUUUUCAGCUUUUCUUAAGCAAACCCAAAAAUCUAAGUCAUUGGAGUUACAUUCAAACUGUAAAUUUAAUUGUAACAAAGAUUAUAAAAUAAAUGCAAAAUUAUUUUUUGACAUGAAAAA